AUGAGACUCCAUUACUGUUCGCUCACCGUCGUCCUGCUCCCUUUCCUCCUCGCCUCAGCCACCGAUUUCGAUUUCUUCUACCAUGUCCAGAAGUGGCCCGGCUCGUUCUGCGACACGACGGGCGGCUGCUGCUUCCCCGGCAACGUGAAGCCGGCGGCGGACUUCGGCAUCCACGGCCUGUGGCCCAACUACGCCGCGUGCCGCCCCGCCGGCGAGACCAACAGGACCAGGUGCUGGCCGGACUUCUGCAACGCCACCAACACCUUCGCCCCGUCGCUGAUCAGCGACCUGAAGAGCGACAUGGACCGGAACUGGGGGACGCUGUCGUGCAGGAGCAACGACAGCACGGCCUUCUGGAGCCACGAGUGGAGCAGGCACGGCACCUGCUCCAACAUGGACCAGCACGCCUACUUCCUCGCGGCGCUCCGGUACAAGGCCCGCUUCAACCUCACCCGCAUCCUCCUCGACUCCGGGAUCGUGCCGUCGGAGGAGAGGACGUACUGCGUGGGCAGCAUCCGGGACGCCAUCGGGGAGGCGACGGGGUCGGCGCCCGGCAUCGAGUGCAACCGGAACGCCCGCAACGAGACGCAGCUGUACCAGGUGUACCAGUGCGUCGACCUCGCCGGCACCGGCCCCAUCCCCUGCCCGGCGGUGCCGAUGCAGGGCCGCUGCACCGACCAGGUCAAGUUCCCCGCGUUCUAG